GUUCACCCCGUAUUAUCGACGGUCCGCGUAUUUGGUGGAACUCGCGAGGAGAAAACCGAGAGUGGGGCAUCCCUCAAUGUGUAUAAAGGAGAACCGGUCCAAGAGGUAAUCGUUCCCACUCCUCGAAUCGUUCUCCAUCUCUUCGGUUCGCCGCUCGAGUUUCGCGCAUUUCUCUUUCGCCGCGGUCACUCGUCGUCCGUUCUCCCAAAUUUCCCGACGUGCCGGCACACAAUCUGUCAAGAUGUUGAUCCAGCCGACAGAGGAGAUGUCCAAGAUGAUCCGGGUGGAGCUGAACGAGAACGUGGCUACGCGCGACAAGGACUUGGAGAUCAUCAAAGAAUGGCUUUCGAAACAGCCGCAUUUACCUCGUUACGAUGACGAUCGCCGGCUAAUGACGUUCCUUCGAGGUUGCAAGUUCUCCUUGGAGAAAUGCAAGAGGAAGCUCGACAUGUACUUCACGAUGCGAGCCGCGGUUCCGGAAUUCUUCACCAACCGCGACGUCACCAGGCCGGAAGUACGAGACGUUUUGAAACAAGUUCAAAUUCCUCCACUGCCGGGCCUGACCACGAACGGGCGACGGGUGAUAGUGAUGAGAGGCGUCGACAAAGACAUGCCGACCCCGAACGUGCCCGAGUUGAUGAAACUCAUUCUGAUGAUCGGUGAUAUACGUUUGAAGGAGGAGCUGAUCGGGGUCGCGGGAGACGUGUACAUCCUCGACGCGAGCGUCGCGACGCCGUCGCACUUCGCCAAAUUCACCCCGGCCCUCGUCAAGAAGUUCCUGGUCUGCGUACAGGAAGCGUACCCGGUGAAGCUGAAGGAGGUGCACGUGGUGAACGUCAGCCCGUUGGUCGACACCAUCGUGAAUUUCGUCAAACCGUUCGUGAAGGAGAAGAUCCGCAACAGAAUUUUUAUGCACAGCGACUUGAAGACGUUGCACGAAUACGUGCCCAAGGAGAUGCUGCCCACGGAAUACGGCGGCGACGCUGGACCCAUCCAGGCCAUUCACGAGUCGUGGAUAAAGAAAUUAGAAGAGUAUGGCCCAUGGUUCAAGGAACAAGAGUCCCUGAAAACGAACGAGCUACUCCGGCCAGGGAAGCCGAAGACGCAUGACGAUCUGUUCGGUCUAGACGGAUCGUUCCGACAACUGGUGAUCGAUUAAAAUAGUAAGAGCGUAUCAGUCGACGAUACUUACUUAAAUUAGAAUAAUAUCGAUCAGUCUUCGUCUCGGUGUUAACGCGAAGUACCUGCUGUUCUGGUGUACUGUUUAGAAGGUAAUCGUAAAGCGUUCGAAAUUAUGUAAGACCCUUCGAUUUCCGUUUCUCCGUUCCGUCCUUCCAUUUAUUAGUCUUAGACGAAUUGUAAAAAUUCGUACGUCCCACGUUCUCGGGAAAUGGGCUCGGUUCACGUGCAUUACUCGAUGUCUAUACUUGUAUAAAAAUUAAGAUAGAUCGAAUAUACGUACGUCUCGCGAUUCCAGGGUAAUUUUACAACGAACGACAUUAUAUGUAUUUGUAAAUAAAGACCGGUUAUCCGAUUAUCCAUACUUCUCAUGUAUUCUGCGAUCAAUGUAUAUUCUCUGUGUAUGUACUUUUACAAGACGUGUGUUCACUGAACGUCGUGCUAUCAGACGUUAAUAAAAUUUGCUCCUACCUACAGACACUACACCUACAUCUGUCAGUAGCACGAACGCUUUGCUAUUAGCGAUUCGCUCACGAUAUUCUUUACGUGUAAGUACUUUAAUUUUAAGUACUCUACUUUGAAAUUCAGUCGCGAUUCGUUAAAACUGCUUCGCUAGGAACCGAGAUUUUACUUUUACCUUUUUACUUUCUAUUUCGGAAACAAUAUGAUUCCGUCUUAGAAAAAUUUUACUAUCUCGGUUUCUAGCGAUUCGCUCAUGACAUUCUUUACGUGUAAGUACUUUAGUUUUAAGUACUCUACUUCGAAAUUCAGUCGCGAUUCGUAAAAACCACUUCGCUAGGAACCGAGAUUUUACUUUUACCUUUUUACUUUUUAUUUCGGAAACAAUAUGAUUCCGUCUUAGAAAAAUUUUACUAUCUCGGUUUCUAGCGAUUCGCUCAUGACAUUCUUUACGUGUAAGUACUUUAGUUUUAAGUACUCUACUUCGAAAUUCAGUCGCGAUUCAUUAAAACCACUUCGCUAGGAACCGAGAUUUUACUUUUACCUUUUUACUUUCUAUUUCGGAAACAAUAUGAUUCCGUCUUAGAAAAAUUUUACUAUCUCGGUUUCUAGCGAUUCGCUCAUGACAUUCUUUACGUGUAAGUACUUUAGUUUUAAGUACUCUACUUCGAAAUUCAGUCGCGAUUCAUUAAAACCACUUCGCUAGGAACCGAGAUUUUACUUUUACCUUUUUACUUUUUAUUUCGGAAACAAUAUGAUUCCGUCUUAGAAAAAUUUUACUAUCUCGGUUUCUAGCGAUUCGCUCAUGACAUUCUUUACGUGUAAGUACUUUAGUUUUAAGUACUCUACUUCGAAAUUCAGUCGCGAUUCAUUAAAACCACUUCGCUAGGAACCGAGAUUUUACUUUUACCUUUUUACUUUCUAUUUCGGAAACAAUAUGAUUCCGUCUUAGAAAAAUUUUACUAUCUCGGUUUCUAGCGAUUCGCUCAUGACAUUCUUUACGUGUAAGUACUUUAGUUUUAAGUACUCUACUUCGAAAUUCAGUCGCGAUUCAUUAAAACCACUUCGCUAGGAACCGAGAUUUUACUUUUACCUUUUUACUUUCUAUUUCGGAAACAAUAUGAUUCCGUCUUAGAAAAAUUUUACUAUCUCGGUUUCUAGCGAUUCGCUCAUGACAUUCUUUACGUGUAAGUACUUUAGUUUUAAGUACUCUACUUCGAAAUUCAGUCGCGAUUCAUUAAAACCACUUCGCUAGGAACCGAGAUUUUACUUUUACCUUUUUACUUUCUAUUUCGGAAACAAUAUGAUUCCGUCUUAGAAAAAUUUUACUAUCUCGGUUUCUAGCGAUUCGCUCAUGACAUUCUUUACGUGUAAGUACUUUAGUUUUAAGUACUCUACUUCGAAAUUCAGUCGCGAUUCAUUAAAACCACUUCGCUAGGAACCGAGAUUUUACUUUUACCUUUUUACUUUCUAUUUCGGAAACAAUAUGAUUCCGUCUUAGAAAAAUUUUACUAUCUCGGUUUCUAGCGAUUCGCUCAUGACAUUCUUUACGUGUAAGUACUUUAGUUUUAAGUACUCUACUUCGAAAUUCAGUCGCGAUUCAUUAAAACCACUUCGCUAGGAACCGAGAUUUUACUUUUACCUUUUUACUUUCUAUUUCGGAAACAAUAUGAUUCCGUCUUAGAAAAAUUUUACUAUCUCGGUUUCUAGCGAUUCGCUCAUGACAUUCUUUACGUGUAAGUACUUUAGUUUUAAGUACUCUACUUCGAAAUUCAGUCGCGAUUCAUUAAAACCACUUCGCUAGGAACCGAGAUUUUACUUUUACCUUUUUACUUUCUAUUUCGGAAACAAUAUGAUUCCGUCUUAGAAAAAUUUUACUAUCUCGGUUUCUAGCGAUUCGCUCAUGACAUUCUUUACGUGUAAGUACUUUAGUUUUAAGUACUCUACUUCGAAAUUCAGUCGCGAUUCAUUAAAACCACUUCGCUAGGAACCGAGAUUUUACUUUUACCUUUUUACUUUCUAUUUCGGAAACAAUAUGAUUCCGUCUUAG